ACUAUAGGUGAUUGCCGCCAUUUCCGCUAUUCGCCACGCAUUUCUCCAGCCACAACCUGGACGGCACCCAUUUGUAGAAUCUGGUUCACUGGAGACGCCUGCUUAUUCGCGAUGAUGCAGUCUUGGAAGAGGGAGAUGCGUGGGGCCAGAAGGAUAAGUGGGGACCGAGGGAAAUUCAAGGAAGAGCUUGAACUUACUAAGAUAGACACCCUCAUCAUGCAGGUGACCAGAAUGAACCGUGCUGUUGCUGAAGUCAAUGAGAGUUGCCUUUGUUUAGAGGAAUUUAUAUCCAAGGAGAAAAAGGAUCAAGCUGAACUUCAAUCAGAAUUGAAAGCUUCCUCUACACUCAACAUUUUGAGGAAUCAACAACAUUUACUUACAAAGGCAAACCUCCAGGCCAGCAUGCAGCUGGUUAGGAAUCACAUUGAAAGAGAGGAAAGUGAAAAUAGAAGACGAGAAGAAGAAAUAAUGGGACUUAUUAAAAGAAUGAAGAAUAUGAAGGAGAGCAAAAUAACAAAACUCAAUGAAAUUAAGGAUCACUAUGGCAGUCAGCUUGUGGACAAAGAAAAGAUUGAGCAAAAGAAAAAGGUGAUAGAACUGAAACACAAGAAAAAUAUCUUGACCACAUGCAUAACUAAAUUCAAGCAGGAGAAGCAGAAGAAGGGUGACACAGAAUGGAAGAAUUUUGUAGAAGCAGUGAUCAAAAUGGCUGAACUCCAUCAAGUGACUGAAAACGAAUACAACAGUUUACAGCAGUAUAAAGCUUCUGUACAAAUGCUGCAGACAGCAGUUCUGCCCAUGAAACAAGCUGAUUCCUCUUCUGUUUCAAGAGAACAUGCUGGAGACAUGAAUCAAGUCAUGAAACACAGAUCUCCCUCUUUACAUGCUAAACAGCCUGACCUCAUCACUGCCAGAACAGCAGAUAGGGGACCUGUGAACACAUCCAGCUCUACAAAUCAAAUGCUUAACCAAGGAUAUGGCACUACCUUCUCAAGAUCUAGCUUCAACACAUCUCUCUCUUUUCUCAAAAUACCACAUUCAAAACUGGGAGAGAAGAAAAUUGAUGACUAUUCCCAAAGUACUGAAAUCUAUAGUGGAGGACCACUGGAGACCCUUUUCUCUGAAAAUCAUCCUCAAGUUGCUGCUGCCCUUUCCUCUCACCAAGUCCAACACCAGGAGGCCACUCCUGAUUAUCACAAAACUAGUCCCUCCCAAUUAAUAGAAGUCAAUAAUAUGUCACAUUUAUCUUCAGUAAAAAAGUCAACAUGAUCCAAGAGGGAAAACAAUGUGGGGUGAAAGCUCAAUAGACAAAAAUGUCAGUAAUUCCCAAGGAAGUCCUAGAUUUGCUCUGAAACCUAUUUCCUUUCCUCCUGCAGUUGUUUCAUCAACCAAUGCCCAAUCAUUAGAGACCCCUUCUUAUAGGUCUAUAGACAUAAAUUGUUCUCCAUUCAUUCCCAAAGCUCUUAAAACUCCUUUGCCAAUAACCAAAA